AUGGCGCUUAGGGCGAGAGCGUUGUAUGACUUCGUCUCCGAAAAUCCCGGUGAGAUCUCUUUGACAAUAAAUGAACUUGUAACUUUAUUUAGCGAAGAUGUUGUAGAGGGAUGGUUGGAAGGGACUAAUAGUAGGGGUGAAACGGGUCUCUUCCCAGCAUCCUACGUGGAAAUUCUCCGGAAUAGCUCAGACUCUUCUGUGAACUACAGCGGCACAUCUGGAGAUGGAUACUAUUCGGCGGUUUAUACAACUGGCACCGAGUAUUGCCAACAAACAGACAAUCUAUAUGAGGAUACAUCAAACGAAUCGACCCCCACUCAUUCCUCAGCAUAUUCAGGCCAAGUUCAACAGCGGCAAAUUUAUCAGACCAGUCAAGGCAGUGAUGAUGACUGGGACGAUGACUGGGAUGACAAUCCGAGUGCCGUGCAAGAACCAGGGAUUAUGCCUGCAAGGGAUGAGGAUAUACACUCAGCAUAUUCAGUGGCAUCAUCAACCACAGCUCGACGUGGUAGUGCACAGCAGUCCAAGGGUUCAGUGUCUGUUGGUAAAAAUCUUAAUAGAUUUUCAACCUUCGUCAAAUCGGGAGGGGAGGCAUUUCUUUUAGGCGAAGCUUCGGGGUUUGUUAAGGAUGGGGACAAGCUUUGUGUCAUUAUGGGUCAAUUUGGUCCAGAGUGGCAAGAGAAUCCGUAUCCUUUCACGUGCAGCAUUGAUGACCCCACCAAACAGACGAAGUUUAAAGGCAUGAAAAGUUACAUGUCUUACAAGCUAACUCCAAGUCAUACACAGAAUCAGGUCAAUCGAAGGUAUAAACACUUUGACUGGCUUUACGCUCGGUUGGUAGAAAAGUUCCCCGUUAUCUCAGUACCUCACCUCCCUGAGAAGCAAGCUACCGGGCGAUUUGAAGAAGAUUUCAUCUCCAAGCGGAGAAAGGGACUAAUAUGGUGGAUGAAUCACAUGACAAGCCACCCAGUCUUAUCUAGGUGCGAUGUUUUUCAACACUUUCUCACUUGCACUGACGAAAAAUCAUGGAAACAGGGGAAAAGAAGGGCGGAAAAGGAUGAACUGGUUGGUGCCAAUUUCUUUCUCACUGUAAGUCCACCGGCUGUUCCGCUGGACUUUCAAGAAGUGGAAAACAAGAUUGAUGUGUUCAAAACAUUCACUAAAAAGAUGGAUGAAAACCUUGUGCAGGUCAAUGUAACAAUUAAUGAAUUUGCCAGGAAACAGAUCACUGGCUUUAAGAAGGAAUACCAGAGAGUAGGACAGUCUUUUCGACUUCUUAGUCAAGCCUUUGAACUUGACCAGCAGACAUAUUCUGUAAGGUUGAAUCACGCGCUUGCGUAUACUGGAGACGUUUAUGAAUCAAUAGGAGACUAUUUUGCGGAACAGCCCCAUCAGGACCUAGGCCCACUGUCCGAUCUGUUCGUCAUUUACCAAGGACAUCUUUCAAAUUUUCCAGACAUCAUCCAUGUCCAGAAAGGAGCCCUGACCAAGGUGAAGGACUGCCAGAGCUCUGUAGAUGCUGGCAUCAGCCAACGCUGCAACAUCAUCUCCUGUGCCACCCUUGCAGAGAUCCAGCACUUCCAUCGUACCCGUGUGCGUGACUUCAAGGCUCAGAUGCAACAGUACCUCCAGCAGCAGAUUGCAUUCUUCCAGAAGAUUACAGGCAAACUGGAAGAAGCCUUACACAUGUAUGACCAGGCCUAG